CAAUGAGAAUGGAAAGGAACACUUGUGUGCAUUGCAGACUUGGAGGAAGGAUGGAGGGGGACUUCACUGGGAAAGAUGUUUACGGGAAGCAUUUUGCUCCAAAAGAUUAUUUAAAAAUGUACUAUUCCUUCAGCAAGGAAGAUGGCACCCAAGAAAAUAGGGCCCUAACAUUUUAUCUGCAAAAAUUCCACAAAACUUUCACCGUGGGUAAGUACCCCAUAGACUGCUUUCUGGCACUGGUGGGCUGGCUGAGCUUUGUCAAUUUGUCGUUCAUGAUGGAGAGAAUGCUUCCAAAUUCAUGUUUUGUAUGAAUAAGUGUACAGCAAGCAAAUUGAAAUCAGAGCAGCAUCACUGUUGGGUGGGAUAAGUACCCGUUGAACCCUUCAUAUCUUUGAAGGGCAAUGGCCUCUGAGCAGUGGCAGAGUUUCAUGCUCCAGCACUGGGGGGGGGCAGAGAGCAGGCAGGGAUGGUGUGCUCCCCAGGGGCAGGGCACUCCGCCUGCGAGGGCUGGGCACCCAGCACAGGUGCGGGGGGCAGCCGUGAUGUCACCCCAAUGGGAUCGCGCUGCCGGGGGCGGCGCGCUCCCCCAUGCUCCUCUUCCUCCUCUGAAUCAGUCAGCUGCCUUGAUGGGAAAGGAGAAAUAAUGGAAUGGUAUACAUUUUCACUCUUGACCCUGUAAGCUCCCUGUUGCAUUCUAUCAUGCCCCAUGCACAGUGGUGGUGCUAUAUAAAUUAAUUAGUAUUGUUAAUGAGGAGAAAGAGGAUAUUUUAGUGCAUGCAGUUGGACGUAUAGGCAUACCAAGCUUUUUUUAUUAUUAUCCAGGAACUUUGCAUCAUGGAAGAGCAUGCAUCUUAUGAUUCGGACCCCAUGAGCAAAUAAGUCUACAGCCACUUCAAUUUGUCACCUUGUGCAAAAGAUGCCAUCAUCAUCCCAAUGAGGGCAGACAAAAUGUGGCCAAGAUGAGGAAUCGUUUUGUGUGUGUGUGUGUGUGUGUGUGUGUGUGUAAGUAGUAGCAACCUCAUUAUCAUUUUCAAAUGCAGAUGGCGUUAAAGGAGACACACUGAUUGAUAUUGGAAGCGGACCCACUAUCUAUCAAUUUCUCUCUUCCUGCGGGUCCUUCCGAGAGAUCAUUGCCACAGAUUACACUGACCAGAACAGGGAGGAGAUUAAGAGGUGGUUGAAGAAGGACCCAGAGGCUUUUGAUUGGAGCCAGGUUCUGAAAUAUGUGUGUGAGCUGGAGGGAGACAGGUACUGGGCUUUUAACUUCCAUUCAUUAAUAAACUCAUGGAACCCUACAGUUUGAAAGUACUUCAGUCUAGUGCAACCUCUUGCCAAUGCUGGGAACUCUCCUUUGCAGCAUCCUUGAUAGAUUUGGACAUUUCAGCUAUAGUUUCUCCACAGGUUUAUACUAAGUAACUACAUUUAUAGAGGGGCACAGCACAACAUUCUGGUUUCUGAUCAGAGUGACCAUUCAGGGACCUACACUUGGGAAUACUACAGAAAGGGAGGUAUUUGUGAAUUGCUUUAAAUAGCUUGUCCUAACAAACACAUAAUCUCCAUGCAUCUGAUGAACUGGACUUACUUUCUUAAGUUUCUUAGGCUGCAACAAUAACCUAGCAGUAAGCGCUGCUAAAUUCAAUAGGAUUUAUUUCAGAGUAGGUCUGAUUAGGAUUGUGUUAAAGGUGCUGCAAGAACCUUCUGCCACUGUUUUUAGAAUGCAUAUUCCUUAUAACAGAAAUAUGGCCACCACCUAGGAUGGGACCAGAAUGUGGCAGCUGGCCUGUACACACCCAUCCCCAUUUCACCUCUAAACAAGGAUGGCAGGUUUCAUACUGCUGCAAAAGCCUGCCAAGCCAAUUUGACCAGUGCAACAAAAUUAAGGCAUGUGCCCUCGGCCACCACCAGCAGCAAAGCACUUUUCACACCCCUUCCAGUUUCGUAAUCCACUUUCAGCAACUGGGGAAGCAGUAGCUGAAUAUUUUAAUAAAGAAGUUGCUUUAUUUCACAUGCUCCUGCAGGGGGACGAGGCUGCUGGCUUGCCAGAAAAGGAGGUUUGCAUGCUCACUGUUUCCUGCUCUUUCCCACCUUUGCUCUUCCCCAGGGAGAAAUGGGUAGAAAAGGGAGAGAAGGUACGAAGCACCAUCCGGCGAGUGCUGAAAUGUGACGUGACCCAAGUCAACCCCUUGGCUCCACUGGUGGUGGCCCAAGCUAGCUGUGUGACUUCCACAUUUUGCCUGGACUCUGCCUGCAAAGACGUGACUACCUACCUUGCCGCCUUGAAGAACGUUGGCUCCCUUGUAAAGCCCGGGGGGCACCUUGUGCUCCUGGUAGCUCUCGGAGCAAGCUUCUACAUGGUUGGCCAGCACCCAUUUUUCUGCCUUUACCUUGAGAAGGAAACUGUAGACAGAGCAGUGACAGAGGCAGGCUUUGAUAUCUUAUGGUCUGAAGGGGCCAAAAAUAGCUAUUCACCAAUACAUAGUGAUUGUAAGACUGUCUAUUUCCUGGUUGCCCAGAAACGUAUCAAGGUGUAGGUGCUUGUGGGGAAAUGACAGGAGGCCAAAGGAAAGUAUUAAUCAAUGUCUAGACAUAGCCCACACAUGCAGGUCAGUGUGAGUGAGGGCAGCUAUUUAGAUAUAGAUAUAGAUAUAGAUAUAGAUAUAGAUAUAGAUAUAGAUAUAGAGAGAGACACAGACAUACACACUCCAACAUUUUUCCAGUGGAAAUAAGGAUGUUCUAAGGAAAAGUGGUGCAGUGGUACCUCGGUUUUUGAACAUCUUGGAAGCCAAACGUUUCGGUUUUUGAAUGCUGAAAACCCAGAUAUAAAUGCUUCCAUUUUCAAAUGUGCCUCAGAAGUCAAACGGCUUCCGCUGCGGGUUUUUCCAAUUUUCUCCACUGAAUUUGCAGACCCCCCUUUGCACCUUUGUUUUCGAAUGUUUCAGAAGUCUAAUGGUCUUCCAGAAUGGAUUAUGUUCAAAAACCAAGAUACUGCUGUACUUUCCAGUAUCAAAUCAGAAACUAGGGCGGCUUCUGUAAAUCCAGGACUGUCCCUGGAAAAUAGGCAUACGGAGUCACACACACACACACACACACACACACACAUACAUAACCUUGGGAAUUCCACUGCCUGAUCACCACAUAGGCCUACCUCUCAUGACACAGUCAUCCAAACUACAACUUAAGAACUUAAGAAGAGCCCUGCAGGAUCAGGCCAAUGGCCCAUCUAGUCCAGCAUCCAGUUCUCACCGUGGCCCCCCUGAUACCUGGGGGAAACCCUCAAGCAGCAGCUGAGUAUCCUAUGUUGGUUGUGACUGGAUCCUCUUCAUUAUGUUCACAGCUUUGCAAAUUCUAAUGUGAAAUUAUUGGCCAUAGGCAGAAGUUUGAUAUCCUGCAGCAAUAUGCAUAAUAAUGAGCUAUUGCAUUACAUGCAGAAUUACGAUCUGGGAUAUUUAUUAUUAUUAUUAUUAUUAUUAUUAUUAUUAUUAUUAUUACUACUACUACUACUACUCUGCCCAUCUAGCUGAGUUUCCUCAGCCACUCUGGGCAGCUCCCAAUCAAAUAUUAAAAACAAUACUUGGCAUUGGUUCAUUCUGGCAUGUAAGGAAUACUAUAUAAUCACUUCUUUUCUUUUGUCAAAUGUAUACAGUAUGUUUUCUGUAAUUCUGAACGUUGUCAAUCAUAUGUAAUAUGACCAAAUAUAUGAAUAAAAAAUCAAAAACGAGACAAAAAAA